CGUGUAACGUCAAUUUUCCCGCACCGAAAUUCAUCCCCGUCGUCAUGCACAACGGGAGCGGUUACGAUUGGCAUUUUCUCCUUCAGGCCUGGGGCGAAAAGAACUGUACGAAUAACGACGGGCUGCGCGCGGUUCCGCACAAUCACGAGAGAU